GAGGUCAUUUUCUCUGUGGCUGCUUCUAGCUAGCCUUACAAGCUCACUCCUAAGUCCUAAAUCAGUUCAGCCCGCUACCAACCACCAGCACCAUGGCGACAGCGGCGAGAGUGAUUGCCGUCGGGAGCAGCACGACGACCGCGUCAUGUUUCCUCCGCAAAGCGCCUUUGGUUCUAAAGCAGAGACCUUUAAGCUCUUCUGGCGGCAGGAGGCUGACAAAGAGGUUGUUUUUCACCUGUAAUGCCAUUCAUAAGCCUCAGGUUCAGAUCAAGGAGGAAGGCCAGCCCGAAACCCUCGAUUACAGAGUCUUCUUCCUUGACGAUUCCAGCAAAAAGAUCUCUCCUUGGCAUGAUAUACCAUUACACCUAGGGGAUGGUGUUUUCAACUUUGUUGUUGAGAUACCCAAAGAAUCAAGUGCAAAGAUGGAGGUUGCUACUGAUGAACCAUACACUCCCAUCAAGCAGGAUACAAAAAAGGGAAAACUUCGAUAUUAUCCCUAUAAUAUAAAUUGGAACUAUGGAUUGCUUCCGCAAACAUGGGAAGACCCAUCUUUUGCUAACUCUGAAGUUGAAGGGGCACUUGGAGAUAACGACCCAGUUGAUGUUGUUGAGAUUGGUGAAAAAAGGAGAAAGAUUGGUGAAGUUUUAAAGGUUAAGCCCUUGGCUGCUUUAGCCAUGAUUGAUGAAGGCGAACUUGACUGGAAAGUAGUUGCAAUUUCAUUGGAUGAUCCAAAAGCUUCUCUUGUGAACGAUGUUGAUGAUGUUGAGAAGCAUUUCCCGGGGACUCUCACUUCAAUCAGGGACUGGUUUAGAGACUACAAGAUCCCUGAUGGAAAACCAGCUAACAAGUUUGGUCUUGGCAACAAGGCAGCAAACAAGGAUUAUGCUCUCAAAGUUAUCACUGAAACUAACGAGUCUUGGGCUAAACUUGUCAAGAGAACAAUUCCUGCUGGGGAGCUUUCACUUCUAUAAACGCAACUGGUAGGGUUGGAGCAGCUGCAGGGUGUGUGGCAUUGCCGUUGCCAUUUUUUGUUACCAAAGCACGUGCAAGGAUUUCGGCCAAAAAAAAAUAAGCACAUGCAAGGAGAUUCUGAUAAUCAUAUGUGCUGAUACUGUUGCGUUCCUUCUCCUUAUUGAUUCAUAUAAUCCAUUGAACUAGUUUGUUUGUCCCUUGUUUUCUGUUUUCUGAGGAAAUUUAAGUACUGUAUGGAUUCUGACUGCAAAUACAAAAUAAACUACUAUUUGUUUU